AUCUGCUGCAUUGGUUUCUUUGUAGGAAACGGUUUAGGAAACCCGUCAGAAAAUGGGUCGCCGGCCGGCUCGAUGCUAUCGGUAUUGUAAGAAUAAGCCCUACCCGAAGUCGCGGUUCUGUCGGGGUGUUCCGGAUCCAAAGAUCAGGAUCUACGAUUUGGGGAGGAAGCGAGCUGACGUCGAGGAAUUCCCGUUAUGCAUCCACCUCGUCUCGAACGAGUAUGAGCAGCUUUCUUCGGAAGCUUUGGAAGCUGGGCGUAUUUGCGCCAACAAGUACUUGGUCAAGCAUUGCGGCAAGGACCAGUUCCAUGUAAGGAUGCGCCUGCACCCCUUCCACGUCAUCCGUAUCAACAAAAUGUUGUCAUGUGCUGGAGCCGAUAGGCUCCAAACGGGAAUGCGUGGUGCGUUCGGUAAGCCGUUGGGUACCGUCGCCCGAGUUCAUAUCGGGCAAAUCAUCAUGAGCAUUCGCACGCACGAUCGGCACAAGGCCUCCGUGAUCGAGGCGUUGCGUCGUGCGAAAUUCAAGUUUCCCGGUCGCCAGCAUAUCAUCGUGUCCGGAAAAUGGGGCUUCACGAAGGUUAGCCGCGAAGAAUUCCCUGACAUGUUGAAGGAAGGCAGGUUGACCAGCGACGGCGCCACUGUGCAGUACAGGCCCGAACAUGGACCGCUGAUCAACUGGAUCUUCGAGGUCGAACUCGAUGCGCUUUAG